GUGGGUAACACGUAUCGGUUCUCUCUCUCUACCUCAAAUUUUUAUUUGCAUCCUUUCGAUCUCUAUUAUCUCUCUCUACAAACCAGAUCCGAGUUUCCGAGAUUUCAAGAAGCUACCUAACAACAAAGUCCUUUACUUUUGCUCUCAAAGCUUUCAUCUUUCAUUCAACUACUUAAGCUCCAGUAUGGCAGGAACAGCACCGGAAGGUACACAGUUUGAUACGCGUCAGUUUGACCAGAGGCUUAAUGAAGUCCUCGAUGGACAGGAUGAGUUCUUCACCUCAUAUGAUGAGGUCCAUGAGAGCUUUGAUGCCAUGGGUUUGCAAGAGAAUCUUCUUAGGGGUAUCUAUGCUUACGGUUUUGAAAAGCCUUCUGCUAUUCAGCAAAGAGGAAUUGUACCCUUUUGCAAGGGUCUUGAUGUGAUCCAGCAGGCACAGUCUGGUACUGGAAAGACCGCCACUUUCUGCUCUGGCGUCUUGCAGCAGCUUGACUAUACCCUUGUCCAGUGCCAGGCUCUCGUUUUGGCUCCUACCCGAGAGCUUGCUCAGCAGAUUGAGAAGGUCAUGCGUGCCCUUGGUGACUACAUUGGCGUCAAGGUUCAUGCCUGUGUUGGUGGAACCAGCGUCCGUGAGGAUCAGCGCAUUCUCCAGGCUGGUGUUCAUGUCGUCGUUGGAACUCCUGGUCGUGUGUUUGACAUGCUUCGAAGACAAUCUCUUCGCGCUGACUCCAUCAAGAUGUUUGUCCUUGAUGAAGCUGAUGAGAUGCUCUCCCCAACGAUGCCACCAGAAGCUCUUGAGAUCACAAGAAAAUUCAUGAGCAAACCAGUGAGAAUCUUGGUGAAGCGUGAUGAGCUCACACUUGAAGGUAUCAAGCAAUUCUACGUGAACGUGGAGAAGGAAGAGUGGAAGCUCGAGACUCUCUGCGAUCUCUAUGAGACUCUAGCCAUCACGCAGAGUGUCAUCUUCGUCAACACUCGUCGCAAGCCUCGAUGGACAGGAUGA